GAAAACAAAUAUUCAAAUUCAACUUAAGUCUGUCUAUCCCGCAGAAAAUACAACUGUGAUAAUCGUAUUGAUCUUUCAGAUAACCUAAUUUUAAUUAAUUUGUGAGAUAAAGUAGUACUUGUUGCGAUAUCUGUGUAUCACUGUGUUGUUGCAUUAUGUGGCAUUAAAUCAUUAAUUAGUAUCGGCUGCCUAUCAACUAUCAAGUGACCGAACACCAAAACUGCAAGAAGUUAUCAUUAAAUUCUUGCCCAAAGAUGAUAGACAAAAGUCUUCCAAAAAGGUUGAAGUUUGGUGUCCAUAUAAAAGACAAGCAGAGUAGUAGGUAAUACUGGCUGCAAAACUUUGACAAAUCGAAAGUAUCUAUUAUGAAAAAAGCAAUGUCAAGAUAAUUAUGUUGUUUAUUUUGUAACUCUCAAAAUUGUUUGUCUUGAAUAUCCUCAUACUCAUAAAUAAAUAAUAUGGGAAAUCAAAGUUUCAAGAGCAGGGACUUGGGUUGGGGAUCUUCUGAUUCUUCAGAAGAAUCAAAUGCAAAAUUGAAUUUUAGUCCAAAAUCCAAACACAAGUUUGAACAAGUGACAAGAAGAAAGACGUACAAGAAAUCAAAAGUAAAACCUAUUUCAAUGAGGUCUACAAAAUCACUACGGACGGACAUUCAACGAAUUAGAGAAAAAAUAUUAGGAGAUAAAGUACCGGUAAUUAUGGCAUUAUUAAUGGAGUACCCUUAUCGAUUGCGCAUGGCUAAAAAUCCAAUCAAGCAGUGUUUUUCACAAAUUAACAACGCGUUACCCAGCGAAGAGUGGUGUCGUCGGAUUCAAUCAAAUCCUUGUGCAACUUACUGCCGAAAGUGUGACAAAAAGUCGUCUAACUUGUCCAGAAAACCAAAACGUUGAUAUUUUAUUCAUUUUCGCUAUUGGAUUUUUUAUGGUGUGUAAAUUUGUUUUGUAUUCAGUAGAAAUAAAUUAUUUUGGUAUGGCUUGACGUUUGUUAUUGGGAAAACGCAAUUGUCGAGUGGCAACACCGCAGUGGCGCGCCUUCAUGCGAGGUGACUUCGCUUCGCCGUGUGUCAUUAGAAAUCAAAGUUUUUGUGUUUUUUCUCGAAUUAUCGCAUUUAAAUCCAUUUUUAAUCUCUGAGUGAUAUUAUUGUGAUUAUGUGCUGUUAUCUUUUGAGUGGCGGAGGCGUACGAUAAGGGUGUUGUUGCAUGGUGGGGAUAAGGAGAAGGUGCAGUCAUGGGAGACAGUUUCUUGCACCUGGGGGACAUUGUCUCCCUGCACGCGGAGGGCACCGUAUCAGGAUUCCUCAGUACCUUAGGGUUGGUAGAUGACAGGUGUGUAGUAUGCCCGGAAGCGGGGGACCUGACUGAUCCGCCCAAAAAGUUCCGGGAUUGCCUGUUCAAAAUAUGCCCUAUGAACCGUUACUCCGCUCAGAAGCAAUUCUGGAAUACAGCCAAACAGUCCGCAAAUUCAAACACCGAUACAGGACUGCUCAAGAGGUUGCAUCAUGCUGCUGAGAUAGAAAAAAAGCAAAAUGAGUUGGAGAACAAGAAGCUACUCGGGACUGUCGUGCAGUACGGAAGCGUACUACAACUGCUGCAUGUCAAGUCUAAUAAAUACCUUACUGUAAAUAAAAGACUGCCCGCGUUGCUGGAAAAGAAUGCCAUGCGUGUACAUCUUGACGCCAACGGCAACGAGGGUUCUUGGUUUUACGUUAUGCCCUUCUACAAAUUGCGUUCCACUGGUGAUAACGUAGUAGUCGGAGACAAGGUAAUCAUGAACCCCGUUAACGCCGGCCAACAAGUCCUACACGUCUCAUCUAAUCACGAACUGCCUGAUAACGUUGGCUGUAUGGAGGUGAAUGUGGUCAACUCUUCGACGUCAUGGAAAGUGACGUUGUUCCUCGAACACAAGGAGAACCAGGAGGAGAUCUUGAAGGGUGGUGACGUGGUAAGACUGUUCCAUGCUGAACAGGAGAAGUUCCUCACCAUGGAUGAGUACCAGAAGCGGCAGCACGUGUUCCUGAGGACCACGGGACGGUCUAGUGCAACAGCUGCGACCAGCAGUAAGGCGUUGUGGGAGAUUGAGGUGGUACAACACGACCCGUGCCGAGGUGGUGCGGGACACUGGAACUCAAUCUUCAGGUUCAAACACCUCGCCACCGGCCACUAUCUGGCUGCUGAAGCCUGUAAUAGACCUCCUGACGCGCCCGUGGACCCCUGCGAGCCAGCGUACCAGUUGGUGUCUGUCCCGCAUUCCUCCGAGAUCGCCACGCUAUUCGAACUUGACCCCACCACCAUGACACAUUCCGACGCUCCAGUUCCACAGAGCAGCUAUGUCAGGCUCCAACACCUUUGCACGCACACGUGGGUUCAUUCUACGUCUAUUCCCAUCGACAAGGAUGAGGAGAAGCCUGUCAUGUCCAAGGUGGGCUGCUCCCUCAUCAAAGAAGACAAGGAAGCGUUUGCAUUAAUAUCGGUGUCGCCUAGCGAGGUUCGAGAUCUCGAUUUCGCUAACGACGCCUGUAAAGUGCUCUCGGCCUUGUCCACCAAACUGCAGCACGGGAAUAUAGAACAUAAUGAGAGGAAAGCUCUGACUUGCUUGUUGCAAGACAUAGUGUACUUCAUAGCGGGCUUCGAGAACGAGCCCAACAAGUCGGAGGCACUGGAACUUGUGGUAGAGAACCCUAACAGAGACCGACAGAAGCUACUCCGGGAACAGUACAUACUCAGGCAGCUCUUUAAGAUAUUACAGGGUCCAUUCCAAGAGACGACUGAUGGAGAAGCGUUCUUGAAGAUCGAGGAGCUGUACGACCCUCGAUAUGCUGCCUAUAAGUACAUCUUUCGUCUUUGCUAUCGAAUUCUAAGACUAAGUCAACAGGACUAUAGAAAGAACCAGGAAUACAUAGCAAAACACUUCGGCUUCAUGCAGAAGCAGAUCGGUUACGACAUAUUGGCAGAGGACACUAUCACUGCCCUGCUUCACAACAACAGGAAGCUUUUGGAGAAGCACAUCACGGCCUCCGAGAUAGAGACCUUUGUUGGUUUGGUCCGCAAAAACAUGAAAACUUGGCAGUCUCGGUUUCUCGACUACCUGAGCGACCUCUGCAUUUCCAACAAGAAGGCUAUUGCCGUGACGCAGGAACUCAUUUGCAAGAGUGUCCUAUGUGCCAAUAACUCGGAUAUACUUAUCGAGACCAGAUUGGUUUCAACAAAAUAUGAAAAAAGCAAUACAUUAGAUCCGGAUGAUACGAGGUACACGGUGGAGGAGGAAGUUAUGCUAUUGUGGAACAAUAAAAAGUGUUCCCGCCUCCUCUCCGAGCUGGCGGCGGAGGCCCGCGCGGAGCCCGGCGGGCAGUCCGCCGCCAUCCUGGACUACUACCGCCACCAGCUCGACCUGUUCUCCAACAUGUGCCUCAACAGGCAGUACCUCGCACUCAACACUCUGUCUCCACAGCUGCAUAUACAUCUUAUACUCAAAUGUAUGUCAAACGCGUCCCUGUCGUACGAGGUGCGCGCUUCGUUCUGCCGCCUCAUGCUGCACCUGCACUGCGACAGAGACCCCCAGGAGCCAGUCACCCCUGUCAAGUAUGCCAGGCUGUGGACCGAGGUCUGCGACAGGAUACAUAUACACGACUAUCAAUGUGUUAAAGGCGGACCUGAUGCUAACCGGGAGAAGGUUAAAGAGCAGUUUGCGUCCACAAUACGCUUCGUGGAAAACUACCUCUGUAACGUGGUUACCAAGACCUGGUACUUUAGUGAUCACGAUCAGAAUAAGUUGACCUUCGAAGUCGUUAAACUUGCCAGGGAACUCAUCUACUUCGGAUUCUAUAGUUUCAGUGACCUUCUGCGGUUAACAAAGACAUUACUAAGUAUUUUGGACUGCGUCACAGCUAUGGACCUACUUAACGAGACAAACGCGCUCUCUGGAGAAGUGGAAUCUGAAGGCGGUGUAUUGCGCAGUAUUGGUGACAUGGGCGCUGUAAUGACAUCCAUCACACUUGGAUCUGUCGCUAGAAAUGCGAGUGGCAACACGUCUAACGCAGGCCCAAGCAGCAGUGGAGGAGGUCUGCAGCGCACUGCGUCCGCGCUGCUACUGGCCCGGGAGCAUCCCCUCGUCAUGGACACCAAGCUCAAGAUCAUCGAAAUACUACAGUUCAUCCUAGACGUAAGAUUGGACUAUCGCAUCAGCUGUCUCCUGUCUAUAUUCAAGAAGGAGUUCGAGCAGGCCGGCGAGAGGUCUGCUGAUACUAUUGGCAGAGCUGAUGUGGAAGCUAUUGGCCUUCAAGCUGAAGGCAUUUUUAGCUGUCGAGCGAUACAAACUGUGCCUGACUGCUGUCUGCCCAAAAAUGUAGAUUUGGAUGGUCUUGAUCUCGAUGAGUGCGGCGGUCGGAUGGUCCUCCGCGUGCUGCUGCAGCUGUGUUCGCAGGGUGCGUCCGCGGCCCUCGUGUCCGGGGCCCUGGCACUCCUGUUCCGGCACUUCAGUCAGAGGCAGGAAGUACUCGCUGCGUUUAAGCAGGUCCAACUUCUUGUGUCUGAUGCGGACGUGGAGUCCUAUAAGCAGAUAAAAGCGGACCUGGACCUUCUCAGACAGAGCGUGGAAAAAUCUGAACUGUGGGUGUUCAAUAAGGGACGUGCGGUCCUUAUUGAUGAACAUAUUAGUGUAACAGGCACGGUCGUAGGCCCGGGCGGCGCGGUGCUGGAACGUAACACGUCGCUCGAAAAUGUUCUAGACACUUCUAGAACGGCCAAACACGACCACAAUGAAUAUAAGAAAGUUAAAGAGAUCCUCCAGCGCAUGAUACGAUACUGCACGCACGGUAAUAGCGGCGGCAACGGCGGCGACAGCGGCCACAGCGGCCACAGCGGCCACAGCGGGCGCGACGGUAGCCGGCCGCGCCGCCACGAGCAGCGACUACUGCGGAACAUCGCCGUGCACAACAUCGUGCUCGACCUGCUGCAGGUGCCUCAUGACGAAGACGACAUGGCGAUGGAUGAACUCCUGGCAUUAGCUCACGAGUUCCUCCAACACUUCUGUCACGGCAACCAACAGAACCAGGCGAUACUUCACAAGCACCUGGACCUGUUCCUUAAUGCGGGGACCCGCGAGGCGCAGACCGUGUGUUCGAUAUUCAAGGACAACGCGGCGCUGUGCGCGCACGAGGGCAACGAGAAGGUGGUGGCGCACUUCGUGCACUGCAUCGAGUCCCGCGGCCGCCGCCCCGCAUACCUGCACUUCCUGCAGACCAUCGUGCACGCAGACACGCACUACAUACGGAGGAGCCAGGAUCUGGUUAUGCAGGAGAUGGUAAAUGCCGGCGAAGACGUGUUAGUGUUUUACAAUGACAAGGUAUCGUUCAACAACUUCAUACAGAUGAUGCGACAAUAUCGGAAAACUAACGAAAUGCCGGAAGCGCUCAGGUAUCAUAUACAAUUAGUAAAAUUGCUGACAUGCUGCACGAUGGGCAAAAAUGUAUAUACAGAAAUAAAAUGUCACUCUCUCCUGCCACUGGACGAUAUAGUAUCCAUGAUCACGCAUCCUGACUGUAUACCCGAGGUAAAAGAAGCAUACGUAGGGUUCCUGAACCAUUGCUACAUAGACACGGAGGUCGAGAUGAAGGAGAUCUACUCUAGCAACUACAUGUGGGACCUCUUCGAGCGAUCCUUCCUACACGACAUGCAGGCCAUCCUACAGGCCGACACUACUCAUCCGACCACGCCAGCAGGUCCGUCGUCCGAGGCCCCGAGUACGUCCCGGCGGCCGCCUCAGGUGGGCAGCCAGAAGGCCUGGGUCAAUUACGUCACCGAUGUGCUCAUGCACACUAUAUGCACCUUCUUCAAUUCUCCCUUUAGUGACCAAAGCACUACAGUGCAGACUCGACAGUCGAUCUUCGUGAAGCUGCUGCAGACCACGUUCAGUAUAUAUCAGUGUCCCUGGCUGACUCCGCCACAGAAGCUCAACGUCGAGAAAUGUAUACGCACACUCAGCGAAGUUGCAAAAUCUCGAAGCAUAGCCAUCCCCUUGGAGCUAGAAGCUAAAAUCCAGACGGUGUUUGAGAAGGCGGCCGCCCUUUCGCGCCAGACCAGCAAGUGGCUCUUGGCCUCAAAGACAUCGAAGCUUGAGAAGAUGGCAUCGCAAGCGAACCUCCAGAACGACCGGUCGGUGAUGGAGGGGCUGCAGGAGAUAGUGGCGCUGCUGGAGGAACAGCUGCGGCCGCUGCUGCAGGCCGAGCAGUCGCUGCUGGUGGACAUCCUCUACAAGCCUCACCUGCUGUUCACCGGCCACGGGGAGGCCGCUCACGCAGACACUAGCGGGAUCUUCAUCUCUAGAUUAAUCCGGCAUACGGAGAAACUUCUAGAAGAAAAGGAAGAGAAGUUAUGUGUCAAGGUGCUGCGUACCUUACGAGAGAUGAUGGCUGUCGAUCCCGAGUACGGAGAGAAGGGCAACCAGCUCCGCUCGAAGCUGCUGUCCCAGUACUUCGUGAAUCGUAAAUCUGAACCCAAGAUCAUGCCCCCUCCGAGUUCUGUAACCGUCACCCACGGACCUGGUGAAAGUCAUCCGCUGAAGAUGAAGACAGCGAAAGUGCUACUGAGGACUGGGCAGACCCUGGCCCAAGUACAGGCACACCUGGACAAGGAAGGAGCAUCCGAUCUCGUGGUAGACCUGGUCAUCAAGAGUACCAAUCGACAAGCUAUCUUCCUAGAGGCUAUACAACUUGGCAUCGCGCUCCUCGAGGGUGGCAACCCUAUAAUUCAACACAGCAUAUUCACCAAGCUGCAAAAUGGAGAAAUUUCGCAAGCAUUCUUAAAGGUAUUCUACGAUAAGAUGCGUGAAGCCCAGCAAGAGAUCAGGUCUCUGGCUGCCAGCAGUACGUCUGCAGCCAGCACUGAGAAGCAGCGCUCCAGCUAUUCAGAAAUCAAGAAGCCUAUCACUGGCGACGGUACCAAGUCUCCAAUGGUGCUGGUGGUGGGCGAGGAGAUGGAUGACGAGGUCAGCAGCGCAUGCGGCUCCGCUGUCCACGCAUACUCGGAUAUACACACUAUGUCUCAUGGUACAACGGCUUUAGAAGAAAUUAUGGCGGAGAAAAAGGAGGCUGGCAACUCAGACGUGCUGCCUCCUAAGGUGGCCAUCAUGAAACCUAUACUACGAUUCUUGCAGUUACUCUGUGAAAACCACAACCCGGACUUACAGAACUUACUACGGAAUCAAAACAAUAAGUCGAACUACAAUCUCGUGUCGGAGACGCUAAUGUUCCUGGACUGUAUCUGUGGAUCCACCACUGGAGGCCUAGGGCUGCUGGGUCUGUACAUCAAUGAGGGUAACGUGGCUCUCAUCAACCAGACCUUAGAGACACUCACUGAAUACUGCCAAGGUCCAUGCCACGAGAACCAGAACUGUAUAGCGACGCACGAGAGUAACGGUCUAGACAUAAUAACUGCAUUAAUUCUGAAUGAUAUCAACCCGCUCGGCAAGACACGUAUGGAUCUAGUCUUAGAGCUGAAGAACAACGCCUCUAAGCUGCUCCUGGCCAUUAUGGAGUCGCGAAACGAUUCAGAGAAUAACGCUGAACGUAUACUCUAUAAUAUGAACCCCAAGCAAUUGGUGGAUGUUGCUUGCUCCGCGUUUCAUCAGGAGCACGCAAUGGACGCUGACUCGGAUUCUGAAGACGAUGCCAUCGUUCAAGGAGUAUCUCCUAAAGAAGUGGGGCACAACAUCUACAUCCUGUGCCACCAGCUCGCGGCCCACAACAAGGAGCUGGCGGCGCUUGUGCGAGCUUCCCCGCACGGCUCCAACGCGGACGCGCUGCGGUACUACAGGACGCACACCGCGCAGAUUGAAAUAGUCCGUACGGAUCGCAGUAUGGAACAGAUAGUAUUUCCCAUCCCGGAAAUAUGUGAGUAUCUACCGGCGGAUAGUAAACAUCGCGUCUUGCAGAGUGCCGAGCGGGAUGACCAGGGUAGCAAGGUCGCUGACUUCUUCUCAAGGCUUGAUAACCUAUUCCACGAGAUGAAAUGGCAGAAGAAACUUAGAGGGCAGAGAUUCCUUUUCUGGGUUUCAUCCUACAUGUCUCUGUGGAGCAACAUACUGUUUAACUUCGCGGUUCUGAUCAACGUCAUAGUCGCUUUUUUCUAUCCGUUUCAAGAAGAUACACCAAAGCUGGGCCAGCACCUGUCGCUGGUGGUGUGGGUGGUGUCGGGCGUGGCGGGCGCGCUGGUGACGUGGCUGCCGCGCGGCGGCGGGGCGCGCGCCCUCAUCGCCAGCGCCGCCGUGCGCUUCAUGUACUCGGCGGGACCGGAGCCCACGCUCUGGAUGCUCGCUAUGCUCACUAUAGUGGUGAAAGGUAUCCACUUGGUGAGUAUUAUGGGCAACCAGGGUACACUAUCUAAAUCACCAGGGAAGGUGCUAACAGACCCUGAACUGCUGUACCACAGCGUAUACCUUGUCUUCUGCUUCUGCGGAAUUUGUUGGCACCCAUUCUUCUUUUCUGUUCUGCUGCUGGACAUAGUUUACCGCGAAGAGACUCUCCUAAACGUGAUGCGAUCUGUGACUCGCAACGGCCGGUCCAUCUUACUGACGGCCGUGCUGGCGCUUGUCCUUGUCUAUAUGUUCUCCAUCGUAGGCUACGUGUUCUUCAGAGACCAUUUCCUUGUCGCUGUCGACAGGCUGGACGACGAUGACGACCCCCGCUUCGAGCCGGACGGCUGCGAGGGCGGCGCGGGCGGCGCGGGCGGCGCGCGCUACGCGGCGGGCGAGCAGUGGCGCGCGGCGCGGCUAGUGUCGGUGGGCGGCGAGCUGCGUGAGCGGAGCUGUGACUCGCUCAUCAUGUGCAUUGUCACCACGCUCAACCAGGGGCUGCGCAACGGCGGCGGCAUCGGAGACAUCUUGCGCGCGCCCGCUAGCUUCGAGCCACUGUUCGUAGCGCGUGUGGUCUACGACCUGCUAUUCUUCUUUGUGGUCAUCAUCAUCGUCCUGAACCUCAUCUUCGGUGUCAUCAUUGACACCUUCGCAGACCUCAGGAGUGAGAAGCAACAGAAGGAACAUAUUUUGAAAAACACCUGUUUUAUUUGCGGUUUGAACAGGUCAGCCUUUGACAACAAGACAGUCUCAUUCGAGGAGCACAUAAAGAGCGAACACAAUAUGUGGCACUACCUCUACUUCAUGGUGCUGGUCCGGGUCAAAGACCCUACGGAAUUCACCGGCCCCGAGAGUUACGUGCAUUCUAUGAUAAAGACAAGUAAUUUAGACUGGUUUCCACGACUCCGCGCUCUGUCACUGAUGGGGGGUGGCGAGGGGGAGGGAGGCGAGCUGGAGCUGCGCGCGCUGCAAGCACAGCUCGACCGCGCGCAGCAAGCUGUACAUACUCUCACCGACCUACUCACCGACCUGCGGGACCAGAUGACGGAGCAACGCAAGCAGAAGCAACGUAUAGGCUUACUAAACUCAACCUCGGCGUAUUUACAGAAUUUGCAGAUGAACUUACCACCGUAAACAGCACGCCAAUACUUACCCGUGCCAAUACCCACGUAUUAUACAUGUAUGACAAUUUAAGACUCAAGUCAUUUGUUAUAAGGUUUGGAUUACAGAACACAUAUAUAUUCGUAAACACAUAUAUUUCUUGUCCAUAGAAAUAUGUUCAAAAUUCGCUCCCGGGUGACCGUAUUUUAACAUAUAAAAUUUUAAAAUAUAAAUGAACGUACUAAACCAUUGACGUUAUACAUAAAUACGUGUAGAUAUAUAAUUAUAUAUUAAUUACGACCCAACACGGGUGUCAAACCUAAAACAUGCACCUCCAAGAAACUUGACGCUACACAAUCAUUAAGGAAUGAUAAUAAAUGUUUUUUUACAUAGAAACAUAGAACAAAUUUUAAAAUAAAUGUCAAAGUUGUGUAAUUAGUAUUAUUAUAAUUAUUCUUUGACAUUUCUUGAUGGCUUUAGAUUUCUUCUGACAGACUGAUGUCGAUACAAAGGAGAUAUAAAAUAAUAAUAAUAUACAGGGCAUAAGGUACACUAUAACAGGCUGACCUGUACGCGAAUUAAUUUCAGAAACGUUAUGAAAGAUGAAAAAACGUGAAUAGUUUUUGUACCUUACACAAAGACGUGGUCUUUAACACGGCGAAACGCUCGCAACAGACGCAGUAGCGCCGGCAGCGAGAUGUUUACGACGUUUGUACUUGCUUGGGCAGUACAUAUAAUUAAAAAAAAACCUUCGACGUUUGCGAGAUAUUAUUAUCUUAUGCGCGGUCAUUCCAGUAUUUCAAUACCUAAAUAAAAAAUAUCACUUUACGUGAAUUCUAAUUAACUAAAAAUGACCGAAAAUAACAAGUUGACAAUUGACAUUUUGUCCUGUUUAAAUGUAUCCUUUACACACAUUUUACUAUACACAUAACAAAUAAAUGUGCAUCUACUGUUCUGCUCUAUCGUGAUAAUAUGAAUAUAAGUAAAUUAAAAUAAUUAAAUAUUUUUCAUUACUGAUUCUUUGACAGGCGAGACAUUCAUGUGACUUAUUGUAGGUUUUUAUAAUUACUUGAGACACUAAAGAAAAACCUUUAAUAAUCUUAAUAAGAAAUAAUAAAUGAUCUAUUCUAAAUUUUGUUCUAAAAUGGUAAUUUGUCACACGUAAAAAUGUACACCUAACCUACACCACGUCAUUAUAUAAAACAAUAAUUAUGUUCCGUUUGUGAGACAUACUAAAUUAAUUAUUAUGUUUUCGACUUCUUGCGUAAC